AUGCCCCCACCCGCCCCCCACCGUCUCCCCACCCUCACCACCCUCCUCACCGCCGCGUCACGACACCCGCCAUGCCGCACCCUCCGCCCCCGCCCGGCGCCCUCAUCACCCUCCCCACGCCGGCUAACCACCCCCGCCUCCAAAAUCGGCCAACCGACGCCGGACACGCAUCCGCAUCUCCUCAAACCGGGUGAAGUGACGCGGGGGAUACAGGGGACGGAAUACGCGGCGCGGCGUGCGCGACUUGUGAGUGGGCUGCCCGACGGCAGUGUGGUGGUGGUCGCGGGGUAUGGGUUGCGGUAUGCGACGCAGGGGAUCUUUUACCCGUUUCAUCAGAACACGGACCUGUUCUAUCUGUGUGGGGUGAACGAGCCGGAUUGUGCGUUGGUGCUGGAGAAAACGACGGGGGCGGGUUACAAGAUGAUCUUGUUUGUGAAGCCGACGGACGCGCAUCGGGUCGUGUGGGACGGGCCGCGGGCGGGGUUGGAGGGCGCCGUGGGGUUCUUUGGGGCUACCGAGGCACGCUCAAUCGACACAUUCCAAUCUUACCUAACCACCCUCACCUCCCCGACCGCCACCCGGCCCGUCUACACCGACCUUCCCCUGCACGGGCCCGCCGAAUCCAUCCUCAACAACACCGCCAAACCAGACCCCAGCACAACCAGCUACGCCUUCCCGCCCCGCGCAUCAACCCCCCACCCCAAACCCAACAUACACCCCCUCGCCCCGCACCUCACCCCGCACCGCCUCCUCAAAUCCCGCGCAGAAACAGCCCUCCUCACCACCGCCUCCACCAUCACCUCCAGCGCCUUCAAAGCCAUGAUGCGCGAAACCCCCCUCCCCAACACGGCAGAAAGCGACCUGUGGGCCCUCGCGGAGUACACGGCGCGGCGCGCAGGCGCGAGCGGGCUGGCGUAUGUGCCGGUGGUCGCCGGGGGCGUGAACAGCCUGACGAUCCAUUAUGUGGUCAAUGAUCAGCGGUUGCGACAGGGGGACUUGGUGUUGGUCGAUGCGGGCGCGGAAUACGCCUCCUACUGCGCCGACGUAACGCGCACCUGGCCCACCAGCGGGGUCUUCACCGCCCCGCAACGGCAGCUCUACGAGGCCGUGCUGAGAGUUCAGAAGCAGUGUGUCGCCAAAUGCACCGUGGAGAGCCGGACGAGCCUGGACGCGAUCCAGCGCGAGUGUUGGGACGCGUUGAGGGUGGAGGUGCAGAAGGUGCUCGGGAGGGCCGUGGGUGUGAGGGAAAUGAACACCCUCUACCCUCACCACGUCGGGCACUACCUCGGUCUGGACGUGCACGACACCUUCUCCGUCUCGCGCUCGACGCCGCUGCAGGCCGGGAUGGUGCUCACCAUCGAGCCCGGGCUGUACAUCCCCGACACGGCCGCGUACCCGCCGGGGUUGCGCGGGGUGGGUGUGCGGAUUGAGGAUGAUGUGCUUGUCGGGGGGAGGGAGGAGGGGUGGGCGGCUGUGGUGUUGAGUGGCGGGGCGCCGAAGGAGGUGCGGGAUGUGGAGGAUUGUGUGAGGGGGGUUCUGUAGACGUGCGGCUGCUUCUUUGCGCAGUGUGAGAUAACCCUGGCGUAUGACCUGUUGAUUGUACUGUAUGUGCCAUGUGUGUAUAUGUAGUAAUUGUUUAGAUAUAGAGAACUCUAGCCGGUGAAGAUGAUAUAGAGC